AUGGACGACGCAAGAGGAUGGACGUACUGUUGGAAAAGUGAACCAUAUGGAAGACGUCGACGACGUGAACGAAGUGGACAAAAUUGGCCGAUUCGACGGCCUCUGGAGCCCGAUGAACUGUUCACAUGUGACGCUCCCUAUCCCGUCGGCGUCGCCACACACUCGCUCUCGCCUCGAGACUAUUGGGCCGACAUGUCCACAACCUGCGAGUGA